AUGGAAGAUCCGUACAUGGAGCACCCUCAUCUUGUUCUCCAUCGCGUAAGCUACGAGUUGGGCAACGUCUGUCACACAGGCGCUGACAGCAGUACAAUGUCCAUCAUGGGAGGAAAUCGCGCAGAAAGAGAGAAGAAGAAACGGGAAAGACAAGGACAACACCAUGGCACCAGAGCCUGGGUAUCCUCUGGUUGUGUUUCUUUGUCUCAUCCUGUCUUUCAGCAAGCUAACUUCUUCACAGAGCAAGAGAUUCUCAUCUCGCCCACUUACAGACCGAUGAUACUGUCCUUCGAAUCUCCACCUGGCGAAAUUGCGCUUGAACUCUUCAAGGCUCAUAACACACCGUGUCCUUCUCUCAGCACACAGCCUCCUUCUCCUUUCCGAUCUAUCGCUCUGCUCGAUGCUGCACCAAACGAAAUCGCCCUCGAGAUCUUCAAGUACCUCGACCCGUGUACUUCGACUUGCCUCGGCCUCACCUGCAAAAAGUUCUACGCAAUUCAUACCGAGAUUCAUGGGAAGGCUUCGAUGUUCUACAGGGUUCAGCUAGACGGGGACAAAUACUUGUAUCUGUUCGAGUUGCUGCAUGGUUGGAUGAAUACUGGCAAGCCCUGUUACGAUAUAUGCAUGCCGAUAUGGAACAAGAAAAUCGAAAAGGGUCUGAGAGGAAACACGGUUCUGGCACAUCAGUGCACUGAGGCGUACAAGAAGAUUCUACACUUCAAGGGCUGUUGGUUUUGCAAGAUGGUGGCGCACGGUACUCGUAUCUGUGCAGGGAAACCUUCACCUACUAUUGGGCUCUAUGCAUACGACAGGCUUGUUUGUGUCUAUCCGGGCAAGCUUUGCUAUACUCCGGACAAGGAACAUCACAGAUAUGAGUUUGCAGAUGUUGAGGCUCAACUUGCGAGGAGGGGAUUCAGCCAUGUACCAGACAUCCACGUCAGCUUUUUCGAUGCCUGGUUCGGGUUGUUCAUAUCUUGCUUUACACUCUGGAUCAUCAGCCUGCACUUUUCUGGUUACUGA